CAUUAACAUGAUUAAUUAAAUUAAACUUCCUGGUUAUGUAAUUGAACACGUGCAGAGAAAUAAUCAAAUGACAGAUAUUUAUCAUGAAUAAUUGGACAUAAUUAGUUAUCAGAACAAUAUAAACAGACUGGCUUCAUCAGUUAUUUAUCAUUUUUAUCUUAUUUUGUUAUUUUCUGCUCUCUCUGGUUUUAUUUUGAAACACUGUUUCCGGUCGCAGUGCAUGUAUUUCUGGCUGCUUUAACAUUCCUGCUGUUGCGACAGACCCCGCCCCCCACCGAGCUUCUCGCGCUGCUAUUGGCCCGUCCCUUGCGCACUAUAAGCUGCCGCCGUCUGAUUGGUCGUCACACCCUGUCAGUCACCGCUGGGCUAAAGUUCAUCUCAGUCCACCUCCUGCUUCUCACGCACAGGCUGAGCCCGCGCGGGGCGGUUAUCUCACGUAUCUCACGCGUCUCACGCAACCGGUUUACUGUGCCAGUUGGCGCCAAACCAGCGGCAGCCGGAAGUCCUGUUUGACGUGUAGAAGCUGAGAAAUGGCGACAGAAACGAAAGUUUGUCUCUUCUUCCGCUGCUCAACGGCGGGAAAGAGACAAGGACUACAAGUCAAAGAUUGUAUAUUCGCACAGACUGUCACUCCACCACGCGAUGUGUCGUCUUCUCAUGUGUCUCGUUUCUUCACCUGUCAAGUGUCAAAUUUAGUGUCAAAGUGUAAAACUAAUAAAUUUAAAAUAACUCAACAUUAUUAAACCUAAAGUGUCACUCAGGUCAGUACAUUAGCAGCCAGCAGGCUGGUGGCUUUGACAGGUUGUGUAAAUAGAGGCAGAGUGAGAGCUCUUCACCUCCUCCCAUCUUUAGCUGCGAGGCCUAGGUUUAGCAUUGGAGAAGUUUAUUUUAAUUUAUGUCGUUUUAUGGACAUAACUGUCAUAAAACGCAGAUUUCUCUCAGGAAUAAAUACCAUCAUAGGUCAGUGUAAAUGUAAAUAUAAGUUUGGUGUCGUCGAAAUCGAUAUAAAAACCGAAAAACGACGAUUUACCUGAGCUGGCGUUAGCCUGUUUGAGCUAAGCGGUGAGUCAGCAGGUGAGUCAGCAGGAGGCAGGAUGAGUGGUGCAGUCCAGCGGUCGAUGUUUUUUCUCGGGCUUCCUGACCUGAACAGUCUGGUGUGCAUCACUGUGACUCUGCAGGAGGACGACGACCUGAGGAGCAAACAGAUGAAGACCUGCAGAUAGCUGGUGCUGCUGUACUCGGAUGUUCUGGCCUCUCCAUCUCUGGACUCCUUCACCCAGAUCACAGUGGUCAUGGCUAAGUCGUUUUUCCAGAAAGGUGUCCUCCAGCUGUUUGGACAGAGACGCAGUCUGCAGCUGGGCCCUCCUCAGUGUGUGUUUCCAGGUGUCCUCCAGUGUUGUCUGUCCUACUCUCUGAUCUGCAGACUGUCUCCCAGCUGGAAUAAAGCAGGACUCUACCUCAUAGCUGGUAAAGACUUUCUGACUGAGCGAGGGCGUCUCCGUGCUGUCAGUACGGAGCUGAACACCUGUGAGGGUCAGCUGUGCAUCAGCAUGGAAGCCAACACAGUGAGACUGCAACCAACCACACUGGAGGACUUUGACCUCUCUCCGUUGGUGCUGAGGAGGUUCUGCAGUGAUCCUGAAGCCAUCCUGGACCCGAGCUCCACUGGAGGAGCCAUCUGGUGUCACAUCCUGCCCAGCAUGAAGAAAGGUCAGAUUAUCACCAUCAGCCAUCAGUUACCCAGAGAUGGACCAUUCAGGACCUACAGAGACCUGCAGAACCACUGGAACUGUCUGUAUGGUUACACACUGCCUGACCUGGCGGAGGAGGAGGUGGUGUACUGCAGCGUCUACUUCAGACUGGUGGGAGAGAGACUCUUCACCUACCCUCUGAGCUGCAUCCGCCUGCAGCCGGUGCAGCGCUGCCCUCCGGUCGACCUGCAGGGGGCGCUGGGCUCCUUCCUGUCUGACAUCAGAGGCCGGCUGCAGAGUGUGUGUGGCUUCCCUGCACGCCUGACCAGCAAACCCUGUUACCACACAGGACAGACAGAUGUAAAGACAUUUCGUCCUGCCUCCAGCAGCCUCCGUCAGAACCUCAGUGAGUGUCCUCCACCUGUCCCUUUAUGUAUGUGUGUGUAUAUUUAAACAGAAUACUUUCCAUCAGUCGUAGUGUAGCGAGAGGGUUGCAGUCUCCAAACUGCCACACAAACACAGUGAGUGUGGAGGUGAUGUGCAGGGAGGUAAAGCGAUUAUCGGAGCAUACAGUUUACGACUGUAAAGAGGAGGAGGACAGAAAACUCACUUUCAUGAUUCAGGACAGGAGGACGGUGAAGAGAGGUGUCUUCUUUUUAUGAGCUGCACUGUUAUUCAUCAUCACGCCAGGACAGAACGUUCAUCAGUGUUUUAUCCUCAAGGUACAAUUUCUUUUACACUCUCGAAUAGCUGGAAUAAAUUUGUUCGUCCACUCGAGAGUUUCCUCAGAAGAUGAAACUAUAAACUGUAACGCUGUAAUGAAGAAACGUCGUCUUCACAGCUGAAAAUGAUUUGAUCAACUCUGCAGAGAUCGCUUCAACGCUCAGACCGAAAUGUUCACAGAGUUCAGCAGAGUUCAAGUACGAGAGCUGAACUACAGACAACGUCCUGCAGACUGUCUAAAACCUGGACGUAGUCUCUGUGACGUCCCCGCAGACUGUCUAAAACCUGGACGUAGUCUCCGU